AUGACUUUAGAGCUGAAGCCAAAGUACUGCAGUCAUAAGAGAAGCAUUAUUGACAGGAUGAAUGGAGGCGGCAACAACACCAAGAAGAAGAAGAGAUCUCAGAGAUUGCUUCUGCUUCUGGCGCUGGCUCUCGGAGUGGCGAUGGUCAGCGUGAUGCUGCUCACUAAAUUAAGGCAGGGGCGAGUCCUCGGGCUUCUUCUUCAAGACCAAGAACGGGAGAUCUCUGCACUUCAGCUUGUUCUCCUGGAAGAGAGAAAACUCGAAGGAAAUGAAAAUGAAAUGGGAGAACAUGAGAUCCAACAACUUCAUCCUGAGAAACCAGAUGAUGGAGCUCACUAACAAACUCACUCAAACACAAACAACAAUUGAUCGUUUACAGAAGAUGCGUAAUGAGUUGGAGGCAUCCCUUGACGAGAAGCAGAACCAGAUCAAAGCCUUGGAAGAAAAGGCGGAGGAAUCGAUCAGAACACGUGUUAGAGCAGCAGAAAUAACCGAACCCUCAAAGCAGAAAGAAACCGAGGUUGAAGAAGCAAAACAACAAAUCAAUAAACUAAGCACGCCUGAAAACAACACUACUAUCCAAGAUCAAACAAUAGAAAACCCUAACAAUGCAAAUGAAGAUACUCCUAAAGAAGGAAAAGACGGAGUCAUGGGAGAAGAAAAUGAUCAAAAGAAGAGACCCACAAAUUCCCAAGGAAGCACA